AUGGAAGAGCUAUGGCAGGCUGCAGAAACCCGGUUUCACGACAAAACCGGGUACAAUCUCACCAGCAAGCCUUUCAAAAGCUUUGAGGACUGUAUCAAGCAAAUUGAGACACCAGAGGAUGCGACAACAUCUGAGAUUGAGGAGACCGGCAUCGUGGUCUUUCCUCCAGCCAGUCUCUGCUUCAACGCCUUGAGCUUCCUUCUCGACAUCCCGGAGAAGCUUCAUAAUUUCAGGCAAGCAGUUGCUAGUCUCCUGGGGGAGCUUGAACCGAGUCUAAAUAUUCUCAAAAUAUAUGGAACAAUCAAUGACUUUCAGAGCCUAGGGCCUGAGCUGAUUGGCUCCAUACACAAGAUAAUGAUCGGUUUCGUCGACAUAUGUGCGUUGUCCAUCCAACUUCGGAAUGGAGGAAAAUGGGACAGGUUCAAGGUCAGAUGGAAGGUAGCAUUAUCAUCGGAGAGCACUGGUGAUAUCCAACAGGCGAUUGAUAAUUUCAAGACACUUGUUGGCAACCACAACUCCAUUCAAAACACCCAGACACUCAAGAAGGUCACACAGACAUUAGAAGAAGUGCUGAAGAACGACACCAAGACAACAAAACUACUCUACAUGGCGGCAGAAACCGGAAAGCAAGUCGACUACAUCGCUAAAACUGUGGGAGGCGCCGAGAGCCAGCGGAAGAUUAAAGAAGAUCAUCAAAAAUUUAUUGCAAAUAUCAAGUCGCUACUCAGAAUCACAGAUUCUAUGGUAGAGAGCCACGAAAACACCCGCGAUCAGAGUUUUGCCCGAGCCGUAAAAUGGUUUUACGACGAGGGGAAGUGUCCAAAGUUCCAUCAAUGGGCGAGGGCUGGCGAUGGGGCACAACCCUUGCUGGUACUCUCGGGCGGACAGAACACAGGAAAAUCUGUGGUUUCUUUAGCCAUAACUGAGUAUCUACGAAGGAAACCCUUGCAAGUGACCAAUUUGUCGAGGCAGAACUGCGUUGCUGCGUGUUUUUUCCCUGCUCGAAUUGGAGAGGACGAUGGCAUGGAGCCGGUGGAAAACGCACUCAAAUGCAUCGUCUUGCAACUAGCAAAUCAGGAUGUUUUGUUUGCCAGACACUUGUCGAAAAUAUGUGUUGAUGCCUCCUCGAAGGAGGUAGACAUCCAAGACAAGAAAGGCCAACAGCUCUGGGAGUUUCUGGAGAUUGAAACAUUCGAGAGAAAGUCUAUACACUAUAUUGUCAUCGAUGGCCUCGAGAGUCUUAAGACGAACGAUCAACGAAAGCUUCUCACCAUACUUGAUAGCAUCGGCGCCACGCAAAAGACCCUGAAGGUCUUGCUAUCCAUGAGGCUAGACUCGAGGAUCGGCGUGUCGUUGGAGGCGCGGGCUCCGCAUAUUGAUAUUGCGGAGGAAAACAACGAAGAUCUAAGAAAUUUCAUUGAACACGAAAUGGAGCAAAGAUUCAUUUAUCAAGACGACGACGACCAGACCAUUAGCAUCAGGAGGACCUUCAUCAACAAGCUCAUCGACCAUUCGAACGGCGAUUAUGUGAAAGUGGGAAGAGCGAUUGAUCGGUUAGACGCUGACGUCGAUAAGAUUGGGUCUGUUGAAGCCAGCGACAAGAUGUUCGACAAGAUAUUCGACAUCAACUACAAUGAAAUUACCAUCGCAACCAAUGCUCUUGCGUCGUUAGAGAGGAGAUUGAAUGGAAACGACCUGGAAGAGCUCCAAGAGUUACUCCUCUGGACACAUUUCGGACUAGAGCGACUCAACGUAGAUCAGCUGUAUGGAAUAAUGUUCAUGCAGUUCGGAACACAUUCCAAGAACCGACUUCUCCAAAAGAUUACGGGCACCUACUCUGACGUCUUCAAGAUCGUGAAAACGGACAGAGGAGAAGCUGUCGAGAUAGUCGAGGGCCUAAAAGCCCUUUUCCAGGACGAAAGUUCUCGGCAGACUACGAGCGCAGAUGACACGCCAAGAAUCUCGGCAACAAUCACGAUCACGAAAGCGGACCUUUCAUCUGUCCAGUCUUUUUAUUGGGAUUUUAUGCAGAAGCUCAACCACGCCGCAACUAACUUUGACCAGCUCGCUCAACGUAGCAACGUCGGAAGAAGCGUCACCAAGAUAAACAAGCUCGAUGGCUAUCUCAGAAUUUUGAGACUGACAUUCAGAAUUCUAGACCAACCGCCGUGCAAGAAAACCGAGCAACUUUCGCGAUAUCUAUUGCGUUAUUUACCCUCACAUCUGAAGGCACUAGGACAACCAAGCGGACUAUUACCGCACGAAAGUAACGAGAUUGGGAAGAACUUAUACACGCUCUUCGAGUCCGGUCAUAUGACCAAACUCCAUUGGGUUAAUUUCAGCGAGGUGACCUGGCACCGACAUCAAAGUGAGCUCGAGCUACUGGUGAAUUGGCUGACCGAUGCUACUGUCAUUGGUACACUUGGGUUAAAGGAUCAGAGAUGGUUGCAAGACGUCCGCAAAAGUCCAAAUCCGAGUCAAUCUGUGCUCUUCGAAAUAGUGAAAAUGCUAGCGAACCAGUGGCUACAAGAUGCGGAAUGGGACGUCGCGAAGCCCUUUGAAUGGUUGUAUGGGUACAUGUUAAUGGGCGAUAACCCCUCACGGGCAUCUGAAUCCCAAGACGCAGAAGAAGACGAAACCGAUGGCUAUGACAUAAUAGACGAUGCAAUAAUCGCGCGAGUUGCUUCUUACUGCAAAAGUGAGCUACAGAUACCUGUUAAAAAUCAAUCUGUCUGGCACCAGCGUCUGGGUGAGACCUUCAGGGUUCACGGCUUCCUAGACAAGGCGGACGCCGCGUUUACCGAGGCAUUGCUGCACGAUGAUUCCAACCCAGACAUAUAUAUGAGCUCGGCCGAAGCAUGUGCUAAGCGCGGAGAACUGAACACAGCUUGCGAUCGCAUGCGUCACGGUCUGGAACUCCUCAAGAAAAAACCGUCACCAGACAACUCCAGAAUCAGCGCUGCCCAAGAACGUCUUGGGGACUGGCUCCAUGAGCUCGAGGAUUGGGACGCGGCAAUCAAGAACGAACGAGAUGUUCUCGACGCCAAUCCGUCGAGUGCAAAGGCCUAUUCCCGGCUUCUGAGAAGCUAUCUCGUCAACGAUCUGGACGAGGACGCUGCGAAACUGAUACGGGAACUACUCGAGGAUGAAAAGGAUUCGAAGAACCCUAGCAUCUUUUGGAAGGUCAUUGGAUACCUUUACGACCUCACGGAAGACUUCUCACAUACCAUCAAGCUUCUGGCACUGAUGCAUCGAAACUCCCAUGUGAUAGGCCAGGAUCUUCCGAGUCUUGUCGAGUCAGUCGGACUGGAGGCCCGAGAGCCAAGAUCUCUUCAACCGACCCUGCAUCUCGUUAAAGGAAUCGCCAAUUACUUCCACGGAGGGAACCUGAAGCUGGCGGUGGAUUCGUGGCAAGAAUGCAUGAAUAUUGCCCACGCUGAGAAUCGGAUUUCGGAACGGGACGACGCAAUGGCCACACACUUGCUAAGUGCGCAUUAUUUCCGCAUCCUGAGAACUAAGGAUCCGGUGGAGGGGCGAGAGCAUGUCGAGAGGCUUGAAAGGAUCGCGGCUCGGAGCUCAUCUACCAUGCUGUCUCCCGCGAAGGCGUACCUAGCGUCUUACUAUGUCUCGCGUGAACAACCGUCGAAAGUGAGGGAGAUAGUCGAGGUCCCUAUUCUCCUGGCCUUCGAGGUCCUAUUCGACGACGAGGAGUACAAUGAUGGGUGGGGGUUUGAUCUGCUCAGAGAUACCCUCAUACACUGUGGCAAUGAUGCCGACUCGCUCACGUCCUUUUACGCUGACGUGUUGCCUCGAGAUGGAGACGAUGUCUUGUCCUGGGUCCUGUUGUCCGAUGAAUCUGACGCACUUACACGAGAACUUUCCGAACAACUGAUCGAUGCCACGGUGGGAAAGACUCAAGAGAAAGUUGAUGUGCAAGGCCAAGUCGGCCGUCUGCUCAGUGAGGUGGAGCGUCAAUUGGCCUAUGCUACGUCGGAAUCGAGAAAAGCGGAAUCGGGAGCUGCCGCGCAAGAGCCGGGACAUGCCCCCCAAGAGAUCGAAGGCCAUGAAAUUCCUGAGACAAUCAAGGCCUACCGGAAGAUCGGAGAAUGUCUGGAGGAGCUUUCGGAUCGGCUGGACCGGACAGCGAGCACUUUCUGUGACGAAUGCGGGCAACACUGGGGAUUCGCCAUCGCCUUGAAUGUGUGCAAGACCUGCCAUGCCACGGCAUUCUGCGAUACUUGUCUCACCAAGGUCCAUCAGGGGCCUGACAGUGUUUCCUCCGUUCCAGCCCUGGCAUGUGACAAAGAUCACCCGCGGCUUCGCCUACCAAAAUGGACCAAGGAGGACUAUUUGAGAAGUCUGCGCGACGAAGUCAUGGCAGGCGGAAAGAUCCAAUAUGACCAGCGUAUUGGUGGAUGGAAGCUGGCAAAACUGCAGUGGGCGGAGGAGGUGAAAAGAGAGUGGGAUUCGUACAGAGAGCCGCCGGCAGGCUUGAGCGAAGAUGGUUGA